AUGGAUGGAGAUUCGGAUUUGAGUCCGAAAGCUCCGUUGUUGGGAGCCUCGCUGAACGGCAGUGGUGGUAAACGCGGCCGACUCAGUCGGCGAUACUCCGUGAACUCUCUCCGGAGCGAGUUCAUUUCUAGAUUACCUGACAAACUGAGGUCUCAUCUUCAAGAUGUUGAAUCUCCCUACGAAAUUGAUCUUUCCAAGUCCUCUGGCUUCAGCAGAGAGGAAAAGGACUACUACGAAAGGCAACUUGCUACUUUGAAAUCAUUUGAGGACGUGGAUUCGUUGGUGUCAUCUGAUUGCAUUGAUGAGGAAGACAUGGAGGAAGGAGCUCAGCAAGAGAGGGCCAUGAAGAUCUCAAAUUAUGCGAAUAUAGUACUUCUUUUGUUGAAGAUUUAUGCUACAGUGCGGAGUGGAUCCAUUGCCAUUGCUGCAUCAACAUUGGAUUCCUUACUUGAUCUCAUGGCUGGUGGAAUACUUUGGUUUACUCACUUGUACAUGAAGCAAGUAAAUAUUUAUAAAUACCCGAUCGGAAAGCUGAGGGUCCAGCCAGUAGGCAUUAUUGUAUUUGCUGCUGUAAUGGCUACGCUAGGCUUUCAGGUAUUACUUCAAGCUGUAGAACAACUGAUUCAAGAUAAACCUUCUGAAAGUCUAUCGUCAGAACAAUUUGUCUGGUUGUGUGCAAUUAUGACGUUUGCCACAGUAGUAAAACUUGCCCUGUGGUUAUACUGCAAAAACUCAAGAAAUGAUAUUGUGCGCGCUUAUGCGAAGGAUCAUUACUUCGAUGUGGUAACAAAUGUGGUUGGAUUAGUUGCAGCUAUUCUUGGUGAUAAGAUCUUUUGGUGGAUAGAUCCAGUUGGUGCUAUUGCCUUAGCCAUAUAUACAAUUUUAAAUUGGUCUGGAACCGUGUGGGAAAAUGCAGUUUCACUCGUGGGGAAAUCAGCCCCUCCCGAAGUCCUGCAAAUGUUGACUUAUCUUGUCAUUAGGCAUCCUGAAGUCAAGCGUGUUGAUACAGUUCGUGCUUACACCUUUGGCGUCCUUUAUUUCGUCGAGGUGGACAUUGAACUUCCCGAGGAGCUGCCUUUGAAAGAAGCACACGCCAUUGGAGAGACAUUGCAAAUAAAGAUUGAAAAGCUUCCAGAAGUUGAAAGGGCAUUUGUUCAUCUUGACUUUGAAUGUGAGCAUAAACCUGAGCACUCCAUCCUCAGCAGGUUACCAAACACUCAGCCCUAA